UCAUGAAGCUUCUGAGUGGGAGCACCAUGGCACCUCCCGGAGCCGCGUCCCGCCGUGCCUUCCCAGCGCUGCCCUCGGACCUCUUGCUGGCGGUGGGGCUGCUGGUCGUGGUGGGGUUGGUGGGACUCUUGGCGAAGCCCCAGGAGCCCUGAGCUGCAGCUCUUUGCCGAGGGUUAUGCUGCCGGCAGACGGCGACCAUGGAGAAAGUCUCAGCCGGCGUCUCCGCGCUCACCUGGAGCUCCGUCGCUUUACCUUUGGACGUCAUCGUCAGCAAAUUCCGACUCCCCACCCUCGUCAGACUGGGAACAGGGGAGCGCGUGGAGGGCGUCAGCGACCAGGAUGUCAUCCUGAUCCAUUCCUGCCGACAGUGGACCACGGUGACGGCCCACAGCCUGGAGGAGGGCCACUACGUCAUCGGACCCAAGAUAGACAUCCCCCUCCAAUACCCAGGGAAGUUCAAGCUGCUGGAUCAGGACCGGGACGUGCGCGAGCCGGUGCAGUACUUCAGCAGCGUGGAGGAGGUGGCCAGCGUCUUUCCCGACCGCAUCUUCGUCAUGGAAGCCAUCACCUUCAGCGUCAAGGUGGUGUCAGGAGAAUUCAGCGAGGACAGCGAGGUCUAUAACUUUACGCUGCACGCCGGCGACGAGCUGACGCUCAUGGGCCAGGCGGAGAUUCUGUGUGCCAAGACGGUGAAGGAAAAGUCCCGCUUCAACACCAUCCUGAGAAAGCUGGGGAAGACGGGGACCCUCGGCAAACAGGUGAAGGGCAAGAUGCCCUGUCUGAUCUGCAUGAACCACCGGACCAACGAAAGCCUCAGCCUGCCCUUCCAGUGCAAGGGAAGCUUCAGCACCCGCAGCCCGCUGGAGCUUCAGAUGCAGGAAGGUGAACAUACCAUCAGGAGCAUCAUCGAGAAGGUGCGGCUGCCUGUCAACGUCAUCGUGCCCACGCGCCCGGCCCGCAACCCUUACGACCUUCACGUCAUCCGAGAAGGUCACCGCUAUAAGCUGGUGAGCAUCAUCUCCAAGACUGUAGUUCUUUGCUGCCUCCUUCGCAGGGAGGAGGUGAACCCCUUCCACUUCCUGCUCCUCACGGACAUGCCACGGUUUUCUCUACCUGAAGGUCUGCUCUGCGGAGACCCCCACUUUGACAAACUGGUGAGGGACUGCUCCCUUUUCUGCCAAGAGCAGAGGUUCAACCCGGAUGAGUAUUCCAAGGCUGUCCGCGAGACCAAGACCGACUUCGGGGAAGAAUGUGCCAGCCCCAGAAAGAUCCGGGUUUGCCUUCAAGGCUUCUCUACCGGAUCCAUCAACUACACCAGAGAGGAACUCAGCCAGGGUCUCCAGCGACUCUCCCUGUGUGUUUACAGCGGAACGUUACCCGAGAACCCCGGUCCACAAAACUGUGGGGAGAUUCCACACCAGGGUUUGGGGUCAUCUUCAGAGAACUCAGACCUCGAUAGGGAGUACAUGACCCCCGACUGGGUGGAACGGGAUUUUAGGACUCAGGAGCAGGUUGAAAUUCCAUACGAAGAACUUUGGACCAACCAGAACUCUGACAAUUACUCGGAACCCAGCAGCAAACCCAUCGAUCUGGAGAGCUACAACAAGGUCCAGCAGGACUUAAUCUCCUUCACCACAUUCUCUCCUCCCUUGGAGGGCAAAGGAGUUUCGUCUUCUCCACCGGCCUUAAAUAAAGAGGAGAAAAGGACAGAGACGCCACCUCCAGUCCCUCCAAAAUCUGAUGCUGUGAGGGAAGAAUGUCGCCUUCUCAACGCCCCCCCAGUGCCUCCGCGCGGCGGGAGACUUUUUCCGUCCUCGUCCAGCCCCCCCGUCCCACCGCGGAUUCCAAAGGCGCCUCUUCUGUCCACCCAGUCCCCCGGUCCGAGUCUGUCCUACUACUCGCCGGGUCUUCAGGACAUAUCAGGAAAUCGCAGCGGGAAUUGCUCCCCUUCUCCGGAUUCCUACUCCCUGUACUGUUACCCCUGCACGUGGGGGGACUGCAAGGCCGGGGAUGCCUCCAGCCGCCAGAUGUCAGGAACCAUGGCUUCCACCUCGCAGCCCACGCACACAUCAUGGUCAGACUCUUGGGCCUACCCUGACAGCGGCCCUAGCGUUGCCAGCGGCCGAACGACUCCGCUCCUGAGUACAGACGCCGCGAUUAAAACAUACUACAGCUGCCCUAGACUGAAGCCCCCUCAAACUCAGAAACGAUUUGCCCCCUUCGGAGCUCUCAAUCCAUUUGCCAACCCGGCCUUUGCCUCCACUCCCUCGUCCUCCGGAGAGCGGCUGGACCCCUUGGAGAGGCAGAAGUCGCCCCCGUCCUGUGCGUCUGACGUCCUUGACCCUUUCGAUGUGAGUAGCGGUCAGAGCAGCUCUCCAGAUUCUCUCUCUGUUGGAUCUGAGCUGCGUUUCAUCCCCGAACCCAUUUUUAAAGCCGGUGGGACCGGCUCGUGUCCCGUGCCCCCACCCAGGAUGACAAAAGGCUUUGAGACUGAAAAUAUUGUCAUCAGGAGCACAGCCCCGCUCUCCCCUACUAUCCUGAGAGGGGCAGAAGGGGGUAUCACCAGAGUUUACCUGACCCAAGGGGUCAUUGAGGUGCCGCCAGUGUCCUCCAGAAUGAAUUCAAACGCGUCAUCUCCUCACACUCCAGGAAUGUUCCCCGGGGACCCCCACACUUGGCACCCACCCUCCGACCUAUCCACCCUGUCGGUGGAGGAGGUGUCUCGGUGCCUCAGGUUUAUCGGCCUGUCGGAGGACGUGGUGACGUUCUUCAUAAAGGAACGCAUCGACGGGAGCAUUUUCGUGCAGCUCACGGAGGAAAUUCUUUCCGACGACUUCAAACUCACCAAGCUUCAAGUGAAAAAAAUCAUGCAAUUUAUCAAGGGCUGGAGGCCGAAAAUAUGACUGAGACCGUCUCCUACGGACUUAAUGCUAACCCCUAGGCCUAGUAACAGCGCCUGACUGGAGCGGUCUCGUCCGAGGGCUGUCGGUGGACGUCUCUCGGGGUCUGCCCCUGUGUGAUCCGCUCAGCGGUAUAAAUAGCACAAUUUGCACAGAACGUAACCU